AUGUUUAUUGAUCUGCUAAUUGAAAAAGAUUUCCCCAACGUACCCGGUAAAGAUAUUCUUAAGUUCUUUGACGACAAUCAAAUUACCGUCGAGUUCGAACGGCUCAUCGGAGAUAACCAAUUUGUUAGUCAAUUAAAACACUACGAACUAUCUUUCGGUAAUUCGAAAAAACCUUUUCCGACACGAACUUAUGAAGGUUUGAUAAAACACGCUACAGUCGGAGACUUUACGUACGAUGUUGUUCUAACGCUGAGUGAUCUGGGUAAAGCGUUUAAUGUGACAACACCGUGGAUUAGCGAAUUUGACGAUUUAAUUCAGAGUAAAGUUGAGGAGAAACUUGGCCUUCAUACUUAUCAGCAAUCGACGGAGUCAUUAUCUCCACCAUUUUUUCGCCGAUGGAUCGUGUUCAAUACUCGCGAACAAGUUUUUCAAGUGGUGAAAGGUAUUACUGUUGAAACACUGCGCAACCUUAUCAGUGUUAAGGCCAAUGCGCCAGUGCAAGCAAGUGCGCUGGCACGCGCUCGCCUUCAAAAUGCCUUUUCCAUGUGUAAUCCGGAUGGUACAGCUCCUCGUCCCGUCGAUUUUGACAAAUUUCACGGAUCAUUUACGCCUGAAUUUUAUCUGCGUCGCUUUGCACUGAAAGAUUCGAUCUAUUCGCAACGACUCGAUGUACUCGCCAUUCUACUCGUUCACAUUCUUCAACGGUACCAGACUUGCUUGCCUCCUAUCCGCUAUUGUGAACUGUCCAUUGGUGUUGGAGAUCUGUCCCGUCCCUGGGUCUUUGAUGUACUCUGCAGUUUUCCCGCUCAUCAUCCAGUGAUAGAAGACGAGCACACUACGAUGAGCAGUUUUCGUACAAUGAUUGAAAAAGGCCAUUUCGCUCAUCUCCGUAAUGCAUGUCCAAGAUCGAAGUCUAUCCUUCCUUGCACUCCCAAUGUCACGUACAAAUUUCUGGCUGGCUUCAAUCGACAAACUGUCGUAGCACAUCGCAUAAAAAAUCAACUCGAAGCCCUUCGUUUACUCAACGAUUCUCCGGAUGUAGCAAUUCAUUACAUGCUCGAACAAAUUAUGCAAAGUGAAAACGACGAAAAGUCUUAUGCAAAGAAGGACAAAUCACCAGAGACGGAGUUGGAUAAUAAGGUAACGGUAUAUCCAACACGAGAAGUACCCCCAUUUCUGAUGACAGGAAAGACGAAACUACUGUUAUUUACAUACUCAGCUCCGAACAUGUAG